UCAAGCUAAUCACACAGCUCCAGUCCCGAUCCCAAUCCCAAGCCAAGCCAAGCAAGAUGUUCGCCAAGAUUAUGCUCGUUGCUCUCUGCGUGGCCACCGCCCAGGCUGGUCUGCUGCCCUUCCACGCCGGCCCCGUUCCUCUGGCGGCACCAGUGGCCACCGCCGGAGUGGUGGCUCCCUACGCCUCCAGCUUCAAUGCCCAUCGCAUCAAUCACGCCGUGGCCUACCCCGUGGCUCCUGCUCCCGCUCCCGUGGCCUUUGCCGCUCCCGCUCCAGUGCCAGUGGCUGGCCCCGCUCCUGUGGCCUUUGCUGCUCCUGCUCCUGCAUUCGCCGCUCCUGCUUUCGCUGGCUUUGCGCCCGGAUUCGCGGCUCCUGCUCCGUUGGCAUUCGCCGCCCCCAACAAGGUAGCCUUCGGUCUGCCCGCCUUCGCUGCUCCCGCCCUGGCCCCGGCCCCACCAAAGGUGGCCUUCGCAGCCCCAGCCCCAGCCCCGGCUCUGGCUCCAGCACCUGCUCCACUGGCCGCUCCGGUGGCUGCUCCCCUGGGAUUCGCCGCUCCAGCGCCCGUGGCAUUCGCCGCACCCGCAAAGUUCGGCUUUGGACCAUUCGCGGCCGCUCCUCUGGCCGUCGGACCCAAGUUCGCCGCCCCCUCCCCCUACUUCUUCUAGGGAUCACAGACCGCCCAUCCCUCCAUCCGCCAUCCGUCCUAUUAGCACGUAGAACAUAGCCCGAAUUUCCCCUAGAGCGAGAGAGAGAGCAGAAAUGCUUGGCGAACACACACACAUA